GUCAACACUAAUGGCGUAAACAAUACGACACUUAUUGCCAAACAGACCACACAUUCACCCAUUUGUCGCACCAGUACUGCCACCCAAACAGUCCUCACGAUCACCACAAACACCAUGUCUUUGAAUAUCUUCUAUAAGUCACCACUGAGUGGACGAACAGUGUGUCUGCAGAUGGAUGGCAGCCAAGGUGUCCACCAAUUAGCUCAACGCGUAUCACAUCUGGAGUCGAUUCCGGACCACGAGUUCAAACUCUACUCAAAUGGGCGUCGAUUGACAGACACUUCGCAGCUAAUGGACGGGUCGGUCAUCGCUGUGCACAUGGAUCUGAUGGGAGGGAAGGGUGGGUUCGGGUCGAUGUUGAGGGCUAUCGGCGCUCAGAUCGAGAAGACCACUAACCGGGAGGCGUGUCGUGACCUCACGGGUCGCCGGUUGCGAGACAUCAACGAAGAGAAGCGCAUCAAAGAGUGGAUCAAAAAGGAGGCGCAGAGGAAGGAGGAGAUGGAGGAGCGGAGGCGCCAGAAGUUGGCGAAAAUGGCGGCCAAACCCAAGGCUGAGUUCAAUGAUCUGGAGUUCGAGCGCCUCAGGAGUGAGAUACCGGACAUCGUGGACGAGGCGCUCCAGUAUGGGCUCAGACAACGGGAGCUCCAGAGCGCCGGUAGUAGUGGUGGCGAUGGCGCGGGAAGUAGUGGUACUCAACGAGCGGUGACACAGAAGCGUAAAACUGAUAACUUGAGGGCGAAGUCCAAGAAGAAGAAGAAGCUCUCGCUGUGGGUCGGAGUCGAUGACGUCGAUGUCAGCAGUGAUAGUGAUGUCGGCGCUGAUGAUAAUGAGACCAUUACUAGGGAACCGAUGCCGUCAUCGAGCGUGUCGUCCGCCACCGAAGAGUCCAAUGAGUCCUCAAGACUGACAACGGAUGAGCUGAAGAGUGGCGACAAUGAGUCGGACGCGAAGAAUGCGAGCGAGGAGUCGACCACCGAUUUCUCGACUCAAUUAAGUGACGAUAAGACUAGCGAUGAAGUGGUGGAAACAGUGAUGUCUUCAGCGCCGACUGAACCCGAGGUGACAACCAGUGAUUCAGUGGCCGAACCGAUAGCGUCGACCUCUUCGGAGGCGCCUAAAGAGGCUGUGGUUUACGAGCCGUUGGAUCUAAUGGCGUACGAGAGUGUGGAUCAGUUGGAAAGUCUUGGUUUGGAUCGACUGAAGCACGCGUUGACGGCGUUGGGCCUGAAAUGCGGCGGAACUCUGACCGAAAGGGCCAACCGUUUGCUGUCUAUUAGAGGGUUAGACACGAAAGACAUUCCCAAGAAAUUGUGGGCAAAGAAGAAGUGA